AUGCCCCGCUGGGCUGCUUCCGUCAAUCGCGGCGGCGUGCUCGAUCGCAUCGAGGCGCCGGUCACGCUGCGCGGCUAUCUGCUCUGCGUCUUCGCCGCCUUCGGAGGUAUUCUCUUCGGAUAUGACUCGGGUUACAUCAGCGGUGUGUUGGCUAUGAACGCCUUCAAGCAACAGUUUGGUGGCCCAUCCACUGCUGAGGACGCUUACCAUGGCCGCCUUUACCAGACUUGGGAGAAGUCGCUCAUCGUAUCUAUCCUGUCCGCUGGCACAUUUUUUGGUGCGCUCUUCGCUGGUUCCCUCGCCGAUUGGAUUGGUCGCCGCUCCACCAUCAUCUCCGGCUGUGGUGUCUUCUCUGUCGGUGUUGUUCUCCAGGUCGCAUCAUCCACGGUCUCCGUCCUCGUCGCCGGACGUCUGAUCGCAGGUAUCGGCGUUGGUUUCGUCAGCGCUGUCAUCAUACUGUACAUGUCUGAGGUAGCGCCCAAGGCUGUCCGCGGUGCCAUUGUGUCUGGCUACCAGUUCUGUAUUACUAUCGGUCUACUACUUGCCGCCGUGGUCGAUAAUUCCACCAUGAACCGCAUGAACUCGGGCUCGUACCGCAUUGCCAUGUCCCUCCAGUGGGCCUGGGCCCUCAUCCUUGGUGUCGGGCUGUUCUUUCUGCCCGAGUCGCCGCGUUAUUUCGUCAAGUGCGGCCGUCUCGAUGAUGCCGCCAAGUCGUUGAGCAUCCUGCGUGGCCACCCUGCGGACUCCAAGUUUGUCGCGGACGAGCUGGCUGAGCUCGAGGCCAACUACCAGCACGAGUCGAAGAACAUGCAGUCGGGCUGGCUCAGCUGCUUCAGUGGCGGAUGGCGUUCGCCUAGCAGCAACCUCCGUCGUGUGAUGCUCGGUAUGGCGCUGCAGAUGAUGCAGCAGUGGACUGGUGUGAACUUUGUCUUCUACUUCGGCACAACCUUCUUCAAGACUGUCGGGCUCAAGAACGCGUUUGUCAUCUCGAUGAUCACGACUGCCGUCAAUGUCGGCUCCACGCCAAUUUCCUUCUGGACGGUGGAGAGGUUCGGUCGCCGCAUGCUUCUCAUCUAUGGCGCCGUCGGGAUGCUCGUCUGCGAGUUUGUCAUUGCCAUUGUGGGGACCGUCAGCGAGGGCAGCCAUGCGGCGUCCAUGUGCCUCAUCGUCUUCACGUGCUUCUACAUCUUCUUCUUCGCGUCGACGUGGGGUCCGGCUGCGUGGGUGGUGAUUGGCGAGAUCUUCCCGCUGCCCAUCCGCGCAAAGGGCGUCGCCUUGUCUACAUCAUCCAACUGGCUCUGGAAUUUCGUCAUCAGCUUCGUCACGCCGUACAUGGUCGACGAGGAAUACGGCAACCUCAAGACCAAGGUGUUUUUCGUGUGGGGGGCCACGUGCACGGCGUGCGUCGUGUUUGCGUACUUUUUGGUGCCCGAGACAAAGGGCCUGUCGCUCGAGCAGGUGGACCGGAUGCUCGAGGAGACGUCGCCGCGCCAGUCGAGCAAGUGGGUGCCGCACUUGACCUUGGGCGGUCAUGGUGAGACGUCUUCGCUCGAGUCAACGGAGAAGGCUGGUCUUGGUGCGCGCCACGAGGAGGACGUGUCUCGUGUUGAGCAUGUGUAG